UUGCGGUUUGCCAGAUUUCACGGAAAUAAUUUAGUUUGUACUGUUGUGGUGCAUAAACGAUGCCAUGAGGAGGUUGUGUGGAAAUGUCCAGGCAAUAAAGCUGAUGCUGUUGAGGAAAUCAACAAGGAAGUCACCGAGACCGGCAUGGGUCGAUUCAAUAUUAAUAUGCCGCAUCGUUUCUCUGUUCACUCGUACAAGCGUCCAACAUUCUGCGAUCAUUGCGGUUCUAUGCUAUACGGGCUCAUUAAUCAGGGUCUUCAAUGUUCCGUUUGUAAGCUGAACGUACAUAAACGGUUAGUUAAACCUUAUCAAAAUAUUCGUUGUGGGACUCACCGAACCAACUUGGUUCAGCGUGCGUUUUCAAACAUUAUUCUCUUUUACUUCUUUCUUCACUUACCUACCUUACCCAACAAAUGGCAACAAUAUUGGAUUAUAUAA